AUGAAAGACUUGGAUUCACUUCAUUAUUUUUGGGAUAUUGAAGUUGCAAGGUCUACUAAAGACAUAGUUAUAUCACAAAGGAAGUUCAUUUUGGAUAUGUUUGAAGAGUAUGGGUUGCUUGGUGCUAAACCUUAUUCAAUACUAAUGGAAGCGAACUUGAAAAUGGGAUAUACAAAUGAAAAUGUGCUUCCUAAUCCUACUCUUUACAGACAAAUGUUAGGAAAACUAAUGUCAAGAUUUAUUGCAAAUUCUGAAAUGAGGUUGACUGCUUACUCUAAAAGUGACUGGGCUAGCUGUGCAGAGACAAGGAGGUCUUUAACAGACUUCUAUAUAUUUCUUGGCAAAUCCUUGAUCAGCUGA